AAGAACAUUUCAGGUGGCGCGAUUAUCGUAUGUCGACGACGGAGUUGAACACGACAUACGUGAACACAUAUUGAGUAUUCUACUGUCUAGCGAAUGUAGGAGAAUUGAAUUGGAGAGGUUAUGCUGGAUAAAAGUAACUUAUUUGAUAUAUAGCGUUUCUAAAACGACACGAAGUGUGCGAGUGAGAACUUUCUAAGACUUUUUAGAAAAUGAUCGAUGUCGGAGAAGAAUUGAAGUUAUCAAAAUAAAAUUAUGUUCGUCAACCGAUAGAGCGACAGUGGAUUUACUAGUCUGCACGAUAGAGGCUGAAAGAUCAUUUCUAAAAAGAAAAAUAAUGGAAAACCAUUACACCAAUUUAUUUCGCGUCAUCUUUAUGCUAAACUGUUUUGUCCUAUUUCUUUCCUUCACGGGAGUGACGAUAGUGACAAGCGCACCAGUGAGGCCAAGUAUCAUAGACAUUAUGAAGAAUGAUUCGGAACUAUGCUUGACAUCCAAUGUUUUAUAUGAUUCAGAAUAUACAAAACCUUGUGCGUCUAUGGCAUAUCCAACUGCUCCUUGGAACUAUAAUUUAGAGACAUUAAAUGAUUAUCUGUGUUUAGGAAUUUAUGACACAGCAUACAAGAUCUGUCGAUAUUCUAGUCAGUUACCAAUUCCUCUCAAUAGUACAGCAAUAUUUAAUUCAUAUCUGGAGAAAUAUGUUCCUAAUAAAAAUAAUGCCCAGGAAGAUUUUUGUAACAGUCUACAAGGAUUUACACCACAAUACGAGAAAAUAGAUUCACUUUGGAAACAACUGGUCAAAAGUCUUAAUACACCUCACAAAUGCGUAAGGAUAUGCUUCGAUUUCGAAGAUAAGUUUCAUCCACUAUGCGCAGUAUUUGCUUGGAUCAAGAGCAUUGAUGAUACGAUGGAAAGUGCAAAGAAGGUAGAAACAAAACAUGAUCUUGUUGCAACUGAUAAACCAUAUGUAAGUCAGUCAAAGGAUGGAACAAUGGGUGAUAAAAUUACAUCAGUUGAAUCUAAAAAGAUAGAAACAAAAGGCUCCAAAGAACAGAACAGAAAGCAGAAAGUUACAACAGAUUCUAACAAUAGUAAUAAUGUUAAAGAAGGUAACUUAAAUAUGCCUGCCAAUGCGCCACCUGCAGAUGUAAAAUUUGGCGAAGAAAAAAAAUCUGAUACUGAAAAAACAAACAACAUUCAGAAGAAAAUUAAUAAUACCUUCGAGACACAAGCUCACAAGCCAGCACCUUCGAUAAUUAAAGAAAAUAAAGAGAAUAUUGGUACUGAUGUUGAAGUUGCAGAAUCUAUAAAGGAUAUUCCUCCAAACAGUGAUUCACAAGCUCCAUCAAUAAAUAAAGCUAUAAAAAACGUUGUAAAUGAAGGAAACGCAGAGAAACCUAAUAAAGAACAAGAUAUUGAUGAUAUAAAACCCAGUACAAUAUCAGAAAAUACGCAAGAUCAUUAUGAUGCUGAAAAUCCAGAAGAAAAUAUGGAAAAUGAUAUAGAUGAUGUAGGCGAUACACUUCAACACCCAGAUACAGGAAAUCAAAAUGGAAAUGUGCAAGAAGCUUUUGAACAGAAGAACAGUAAUGUUCGACUAACGGAAUAUUCUAAUAUGAGAACGGAAGACGAUUCCCAUUUCUUCACUUAUUUUACUGUGAUCACUUUGGCUUGUCUUGCUGGAUACAUAGGUUAUCAUAAUAAACAGAAGAUAUUUGCUAUUGUAUUAGAGGGUCGAAGAUCAAGGAAUAAUCGUGGAAGACGACGACCGAGCACAGCCAGCUAUCGUAAGCUGGAUUGUACACUUGAAGAAGCUGUCACAUCGCAAUGUAAUGCUAACGUUACUCAUGUCAUAUAUUAAUGCGAGUAGAGUAUCAUAAAUUUUAUAAUGCCUGUAUUAUAGUAUUACAAGUGUAAUAUAUUUUGUAUUUAAGCAUA